CGCAAACGUCAAUAUAUUUUUUGGUUAACUUCGAUAUUGAUCCUUAAAUUUUAAUGUCCUUUUUUUAAUUUUUUUAUACUUAAAAAUUACAAAAUGAUUAAUCUAGAACAUAUUUUUCUUUAAAUUUUAAUAAAGAAAACCUGGUGACGCCGCGUCUGUGUUUUGAAAAUCUGACUCGGUAGAGUCGUAAUAAAAUGGAAGACGAUAAGGUUGAAAUUUACCAACAAACCGUAGCUUCAGAAUUGGAUUGUUUACAAUUGGAUAAACUUGAAACAGAAUGGAUAAAGGAAGUGAUCGACAACGACUUUUUGCAGUGUCAAGACAUUCCACUGCUUUAUGAUGAAAUUCUGGAAGAAUGCCAUAUCACUUCACGAUUAAUUCAUUUACAGAAAGCUUUUUUGCUGUGGUUAGAAUCAAAUAAGGGAUCAUCUGAGGAUAGUGAGGUUUCUACAGCUACAAGACAGUCACUAGGUAGUUCACUGAUGCCAGAAAAUACCUCCGCUGCUGUCAACAUCAACCUUACAAACAAUGGGUUCCGCUUCUGGAGUUUUCUGUUUCAAGAGAAGAAAGUGAAUAUCCAAAGUCUUUUAGUUCUCAUUGGUUUCUUUAUUGACAGAGGUUCAACACUUUCCAGCACCCAUGAAGAACGCCAAAGAUGUUUUGAAGCUGCAAAAAUGUACUUAUUGAUGGUAUGCAUACCCGGGAGCAUGGCUUUCAGAGUCUUUCAUCAAAUGCUCUACAUGAAGGCAUUGCAACUUGUCCAACUAUAUGUGCAGACUAGAAAAUAUCAACAGAAAAGUGCACCUCAAACUCAACAAGCUAAGAAAGGUCACAAGCAAACACAGCCUGUAGCAGAAUUUGAAGAAGAAGAAGGAGAAGCUCCGAUUGGACCAGAGGAAAUAGCUGCUGUUGAAAAAGCCAUGUCAAGGUUUUUGGAUGCUUUAUUUUUGGUUGCUCAGCAUCUCUCCUUCAAACGAUAUCCCAACAUUUUAAAAGAAACUGUUGAAUGCAUACUACCAAUUAUCAACCUAGAUAGGGGAGCAGUGAGUUUGAAGGCUCUUUAAAUCAUACACAACUUCUGCAAUCCACUUCAUGGUGAUGCUGUCCAAACUGUCCAUCACGUCUUUGUACAUAUUUUACCAUACCUGGUGCUUAAUCCAAGUGAAAAAGACUUAAAUAUCAAGAAUUUGGUGGCCUUAAAAGAUAUCAGCUUCAAUUUAGUCAACAGCUUCAUCUCCAAGUUCGGAGAGAUCAUUUACCCUCUCGUGCAUGGACUUAUUAAACACGUUUGUGUCGAAGUCGUCGAUAGAGCAGAGUAUCGUCAUAAAACAGCCCAAACAGCUCUAGAUUUGCUCCAA